AUGGAGAAGCCUACUGUUACUGAACAACCACCUCCUUACUCAGCAGCUACUAUGGGAACGGGAGCACACACUUAUCCUCCGCCGCCGCCGCCGCUCCCCCAAGGGUCAUUCCCUCCACCGCCUGGCUACACACCGUAUGGUACAACCCCGCAAACAGCUUUUGUCCCAAACUAUGGGGCUACUAAUAUUAUUAUACCACCUCCUAUAAUAGCUGUAGGGGCCUGCCCAGCAUGUCGAGUCGGUAUAUUAGAAGACGAUUUCACUUGUCUCGGUAUAUUGUGCGCCAUUUUAUUUUUCCCUAUCGGCAUUUUGUGCUGUUUGGCGAUGAAGAAUAGACGGUGCUCAAAUUGCGGCGCUAUGUUUGGAUAG